CCUCCCCUUGUCUUAUACUCGUACUUUAUGGGCCCCGCGUUUGGCUACCAGCUCAGCUUGCUGGCUGACAAAACCAGGAGACGUCUUGACCGUUGGGCCGGCCAACAUCCCAAAAGAAAUAAAUUACCAUUGGAUGUAAUCAUUCUCUCAACUCAACGAGGCAGCUCCACUAGCCGCAGCUCCAUUCUCGCUUCCCAUUCCACACUCCCUUCACUCCCUUCAAAUUCCUCUAGACCUUGGAGCGCAUCAUUUGCACCAAAGACUCUCUUCCUCUCUCUCUGUUGCUCUUCCUCUCUCUCUCUCUCUCUCUCAAGACUCCUAUUACCUACCAUCCGUUCAUCGAUGGGAAUUCUAGCCUCUCUGUUCCUCUUCGUCUUCCUACUUCUCGCACCACGUACCAGUGCAUGCGAGUUCAACUCCACCAUCAGGAAACACCAUCACCACCGGCUUGGGCCAACGGAACAAUACGCGCUCGUAGUCGACGCAAAUGGCUCCGGUGAUUUCUUAUCUGUCCAAGAGGCCGUCGAUUUUAUCCCAGAGAACAACACCAAGCGCGUUGUAAUACAGAUCAAUGCCGGCAGCUACAUAGAGAAGGUGACCGUGCCAGCGACGAAACCAUACAUAACAUUCCAAGGUGCAGGAAGAGAUGAGACGGUGAUCAAGUGGCAUGACCGCGCCAGCGACAGAGGGCCUAGCGGGCAACAGCUACGGACUUACAAAACAGCUUCUGUAACUGUUUUUGCUAAUAAUUUCAUUGCUAGAAAUAUCAGUUUCAAGAACACAGCUCCUGCACCAUUGCCGGGCAUGGAAGGAUGGCAAGCCGCAGCCUUCCGCAUCUCAGGCGACAAGGCCUACUUUUUCGGCUGCGGCUUCUACGGCGCCCAGGACACACUCUGCGACGACGCCGGGAGACACUACUUCAAGGAUUGCUACAUCGAGGGAUCCAUCGACUUCAUCUUUGGCAAUGGCAGAUCCAUGUACAAGGAUUGCCAGCUCCACUCCAUUGCGGAGCCCUUUGGGUCCAUUGCAGCACAGAACAGGAACUCCCCCUGCGAGAAGACUGGCUUUGCGUUCGUGAACUGCAGGGUAACGGGCACAGGGAAGCUCUACGUGGGGCGCGCCAUGGGGCGGUACUCCAGAAUCGUCUUUGCCUAUACCCACUUCGAUGAUGUGGUGAUACCAGGCGGGUGGGAUGACUGGGACCCCUCCGGCAACAAGAGAAAGACUGUCUUCUUUGGAGUCUACAAGUGCUGGGGUCCAGGUGUUGCAGCCGUUCGGGGUGUUGCAUGGGCUCGGGAGCUUGAUUACGAGACUGCUCACCCCUUCCUCGCCAAGAGCUUCGUCAACGGAAGGCAUUGGCUCAGCCCCUCAGAUCCCUGAGCACACAGCUGACCUCUGAUGAACUCCAAAGAUUUGUUUGUGUCCAUGUAAUAAAGAAAACAGAGCCACCAAAUAUCUAUUGCUGUUGAACCAUGUGAUGGAAUAACAGAUACACUCUCUCAUAUAGUUUAGGUACGUCAAAUGGAAUACAGAUUCCUGUGUAAUAUCUAUAGUUGUUAAAUCAUGCAGUGAAAUAGCAGAAACAAUUAUUUGGUUCCACA